UGAACAUAAAAAAGAAAUAACAACAACAACAACUACAACUAGAAAGAAAAAAGAAAAGCUGAAACCGUUUCAUUUUUUACGGUGCAUAUUAUUUACUUUGUGCGCCACACUAAAAAAAAAAAUAAAGAAGAAAAAUACCAGCCAGCCAACAGUCCAAAAAAUACAUAGCAUCAAAAAAUCUGCAACAACAACAGCAGCAACAACAACAACAAUAACAAUAACAAUAAUAAUUGCCUGCAUUUGGCCUUUUGUGCGCGCACCAAAAAAAACGAGAAUUUAUAUUGUAUAUAGGCACUACAUAUAAAAAAAAAAUUAUAUGCUUAUAUACACUAUAUAAAUGUAUUGUAUGCACUACUCAGCAACACCAACUGCAACACCAACAACAACAACAGCAGAAACAGCAACAACAACUGCAGCAACAACAUCGGCCGCAGCAGCCGAGACACAAUUACAGCAAAACGCCCCAACAACUCCGAGAGCCCAGCACUGAGGCUGUAAAUUGUUGUUGUUGUUGCUUUAUUUACUUUUUUGUGUUUUUUACAUCGACUGCGCAGUCAACGUGAGUGGCAGCAGCAGCAUCGACAGCAGCCGCAUCCGCAUCAAUUUGGCUUUUGGGCAAAAGUAAUUUAAGAAGAAUAUAUGUGAUGCUAUGCACAUCAGCAGCUAUGAACUAUGCUUAGAACGCGUCGCUGAGGAAUUCAUGGGUCGCAGGAAAUGGAAACAUUAUCAAGAUCAACUGACGCGCAACCAAUUGAAUAUCGCAGAGCAACAGCCCAUAUCAAUAACGACAGAAGCAGAAGACAGCAAACACAAGCAGAGCCACCGCGAGCCACUGAACCACCGUUUAGCGCAGCCCAACGGCCAACAUUUCAACAACAACAACAGCGGACCGCUGCCAUUUGAAAGCGAUUUUGACAACAACCAUACAUCACAAAACCACGACUCAAGUGCAACAUCACGUAGCUCAGGCUCACCAUCACCACCGCCAGAACCCAACGAUUGGACACCGUCUGAUAAGUGCAAUUUCUGUGUUAACGGUCGCUUGCUAACGGUAAACGCCAAAGGCGAAUUGGUGGCCGAAACAACGGCAAUCGCGUCCAGCAACAGCAACAACAACAACGGCACAGCUGUGCACCAGCACGACAGCGACAGCAAUUCGAGCGCAUCGCUGCACAAUAGCAGCAGAAAUAACAACAACAUUAACAACAACAACAACAGCAGCAUCAACAAGCAUAGAGCACGCAACGCCGCUAACGCCGCCACGACGUCGUCGUCAACAACUUCUAUAGAACUUUACAAGCUGCUCACCCAGCAAGCAGCUGAAAUGACAUCAAUGGAAUCGAUGGCCGCCAAGCUGGCACAGUUCAACAUGAUGGCCGAUUUCAAUUUGAUGAACACGCUGGCCAAUCAACAACAUGCUAACUCGGUAACACCAACUACCUCGGAAUCAUCAGCCGCCGCUGGCAGUCCCACACUCAAGGAUACGCCCAGUCCCAGUGCAGAUGCACCAUUGGAUCUAAGCAGCAAGCCAUCGCCAAAUUCAUCGAUCAGCGGCGAUAUCAAGACAGCCAGAGCUCUGUCAGACUGCGCCACUCCCCUUGCAGCAGCACGCCACACGUACAGCAACGAGGAUUUGAAUAGCGUGCUGCAGGAUGUGCUGGUCAAUAAGCUGGGCACACGCAAAGCGGCCAGCCAGUACCAAGUGUCGCGCACCACGCAGCGCAAUAAGCUGAGCAAAAUGUCCUUAGACGGCAAAAGGACAAAUGUGCCAACGCCGCCAGAGCUACAACAGCAACUGCAGCACGAACUGGACCUAGACGAGCAGGAUGAAUCCGGCGAGGAGGCUGGCGAAGGCGAUAGCAAUGCGUCGACACCAGCGCCUGGCUUUCAGGAAAUCGCCCAACGCAUUGCAGCCACUGAUCAUCUGUGCAAGCUGAGCAGCAUAUCCGAGCACAAUGGCAGCGAGCUGGGCGACGAGCUGGAAUCAGUUAUGUCGCCAAAGCCGACGCGUUCUCAGAGCGGCGGCACACCAACUGGACACAUUCCAGCUGCAACAGCUGGCGGCAAUGCCGCUGGACUGCCCAUGCCCAUCGAUGCGCGUGUCCUGUUGCAUACCCUAAUGUUGGCAGCGGGCAUUGGCGCCAUGCCCAAGCUGGACGAGACGCAGACGCUGGGUGACGUGUUCAAAACGCUACUAAUGGCCAACAGUGGCGGCAUCAUGAGCGAGGCGCUCGCCGGCGUUGUGACGCCCAGUCUGGAGAGCAACGGCAGCGUAUCGUUGCUGCAACAGCAGCAACAGCAGCAGCAGCUAAAUAAUGUUGCUGCAGUUGCCGCGUAUCGUCGCCACCUACCAAAGUCUGAAACGCCUGAGACCAGCUCCUCAUUGGAAGCCAAUGAGGCAUGCGAAGAUCCCAUACUGAAGAUUCCGUCCUUCAAGGUCGGCGGUGCGCCCAGCGUCUCGCCCACGUUGCAUUGCAGCAGCAGCAGCAACAACAACAACAACAACUCUAACAGCAGCAGCAACCGUAACGGCGGCGGCGAUCACAGUCCACACUCCGCCUCACCAAUGCUUGCAGCUGCUGUAGCCGCCGUCGCGGCCAACAACAGCUACAGGCAGAGCAGUAGCAACAACAGCGGCAAUUUACUGUCGUCGUCGGCAACAUCGAUACAGAAGAUGAUGGCCAAUACCAUACAGCGCAAGAUCAACGAGCAGGUCAGCCAGGACAGCCUGUUGGGUCUGGAUAAGCGCAACAAUGGCAACACAAGCGGCAGCGAGUGCAGCAGCAGCGGUGGAGGCGGCGGUGGCGGUGGUGGUGGUGGCGGUGGGAGCGGCAACGUCGGUAGAAAGCCCAGCAUAUCAGUGGCAAAAAUCAUUGGCGGCACAGACACCUCACGCUUCGGUGCCUCACCUAAUCUGCUCGCCCAGCAACAUCACGGCCAUAUGAGCGCCCAUCAUGCCCACCAGCAUCAGCAUCAGCACCAGCAUCAGCAGCUCAGUGCACAGGAUGCCGCUGCACUGGCCGCCGGCAAGGGCACGCGACCGAAGCGGGGUAAGUACCGCAACUAUGACAGAGACAGCCUCGUGGAGGCAGUCAAGGCCGUUCAGCGUGGCGAGAUGUCUGUGCAUCGUGCCGGCAGCUAUUACGGUGUGCCACACUCAACGCUAGAGUACAAGGUGAAGGAGCGGCAUUUGAUGCGGCCGCGCAAGCGUGAGCCGAAGCCUCAGCCGGAUCUUGUGGGACUGACAGGCGCAGCAAAUAAGGUGACUUUGACGGGACUGAAUCAUCUGGAUAAGCUGAAGUCCGGCAGCAGCAAUAGCAGCAGCAACCCCAAUAAUAGUUCCGGCUCCAAGCUGAGCAACGCGCUGAAGAACAACAGCAGUGCGGUAGCUGCGGCUGCGGCAGCGGCAGCGCCCAAUGGCAUGAAAUUGCCCAUGUUUGAUGCCGCACCGCAGUUGUCCUUCCAGCCGAGCAUGUUCUGGGCCCAGCCGAAUGCCGGCGCCAACUAUGGACUGGACUUCAAUCGCAGUCCAGAAUUUCUUAAGACGCACCUGGCCGAGGUGAUGCGCAGCAGCCCGCUGGGCGUGGCCGCCAAUCAUCAUGGCCAUGGCGGCGUGCACAUGACCAGCGCCGUGGACUUUGCCGAGAACAUGUACGACGGCAUCAUACGGAACUCCCUCAAGAAGGAUGGCGAUGUAAUUGCUGGGAGCGGCACUAGCGGCAAUGGCAAUGGCAAUGCGCUGCUGGAUCAGCUGCUGGUGAAGAAGACGCCACUGCCAUUUACCAAUAAUCGUAGCAAUGACUACAUCAGCGCCGCCUGUUCCAGUUCCGAGAGCGUAAAGCGUCCGGGUAGCCCGCUGAGCGCCUAUUCGGAUAUCAAGCGCGAAUGCCUCAGUCCCAUGCGCAGCGCCGAGAGUGCCAGCAGUGAUGAGGAUCAUGAGCAUUCCAGCAACAACAACAACAACAACAACAAUAGCAACAACAACAACAACAACAGCGACCUGGCGCACAACAAGAACAACAACGGCAGCAGCAGGAACACCAACAAGAACAACAACGGGAAUGGACGAAGCCGCAUGACAUCGCGCGACUCGGAAACGGACGCAAGCAGCUUGAAGAGCGAGCAAUCGCACAGCCCGGCUCAGCUCGCCGGUUCUGGCAACAAAAUGAUGGAUCUCAAUGGCAGCACAGGUGUCAAAUACGAGCUGGAGCCAACAGCAGCGCAAAUCUCACCCAGCAAUUCGAUAUUGCACGAGAAGCUGGCGCAGAUCAAGGCCGAACAGGCCGAUUGCAACGCACCCGAGGAGCAGUUAUAGAGCAGGUGGCAUUUAGGCGACUGUCCGCAGCAGCAGCAGCAGCAACAGCAGCCACAGGUGGCACCAACAUUUGUGUGGCCACCGCUGGCCACACACUACUAUAGUUUCUAGUUGGGCAGUGGUUAGUUGAGCACACCCGGUCACGUGUAGUUGUAUUGUACAGGCAUUCGAAGAAUGAGUAUGUGUCUAUAAAUCAUAUAAGAAGAAGCAAACCAAAUUUUUAAGUAUAUAUACAUAUAUAUGCAUAACAAAGCAAAGAGCCCGAUUUGAAUAGUGGGAAGCGGCGUGGCAUAUAGAGCAGCGUCCUGGCUCUGAUUGUUAGUAGUUAAUAAACACAAUACAAGACAUACAUUAUAGCAUAGAAACAUAAUUAAAUAUGUAUUUACACAUAUGAAAUACACAAGAACAGUAACAAACAAUAACAACAACAA